AUGAGCGAAAACGAACGUGCUGUGAUACCAAUCGAAUCGAAUCCUGCAGUUUUUACAGAGUUCGCACAUAAACUAGGUCUAAAAAGGGCAUGGGCAUAUUUUGAUAUUUACAGUCUAACAGAGCCGGACUUAUUGGCAUUCUUACCAAGGCCAGUAAAGGCUGUCGUACUACUAUUUCCUGUAACAGCAAAUGGGAAAAUGAGUGCUAAUAAACAAGUUUCGAGAGCUUUUGAUGUUGUAUGGUUUAAGCAAUCAAUUAAGAAUGCGUGCGGUUUAUAUGCUAUUCUUCACUCGCUAAGCAAUAAUCGGUCAUUGUUGGAGCCUAAUUCUGACUUGGCUAAUUUUUUGAAAUUUCAAAGUGAUAAUACCGGAUCAAAGAGUACGUUUGAUGAUACCAACACUGACGAAUUUGUUUUGAACGUAAUAAAGGAAAACACGCAAACAUUUUCUUCUGGACAAACAGACGCCCCAGAAGCUACUGCAGAUAUUAACUUACACUAUAUCACAUAUGUGGAAGACAACGGUGAGAUAUUUGAAUUAGAUGGAAGGAGUUUGAGCGGGCCCCUUUGUUUGGGAAAGAGUGAUCCAAAUGCCACUGAUUUGGUUGAUCAAGAUGUAGUCAGACUGAGAGUUGCCUCAUAUAUGGAGAAUGCUAGUAAAGAGGAUGUAUUACAUUUUGCUAUGUUAGGUUUAUGCCCCACCUGGGAAUGA